AUGGCAACACAUAGGCGGCAAGAUUUGGUUGGUGGGUUUGCUCUGUUUUAUAUCUCUAACUUGCUGAUACCCAUUUCCUCAGGCUUUCAUCUUCACGUGGCUUUCAAGGCUCUGGUUCUGGCAUACACGGUACGUGAGCUUUGGCCAUAUAGGUUCCUCCAUAUCUUCACCGACCCAUCAGAGGAGCAAGUGAAACGCAACCAUCAAGAUUGGUUGAGCAAAGGUGAUUCAUUCACCGUAUGA